AGAGAGUGUUGCAUUUAAGUGUGGAAUGGUUUUUAAAAUAUAAAUAUUGUGAAUGCUGCCUAUAGCUGUGGCUGAACAUUAGGAAGUUUGAGCGUAACCCAUGAAAGCAUAAUAUGUUUUUAAAAUGCAUGCUGGGGAAGGAUAGUAAACCUAUUUUAGAGAACAAUUCAAAGGAGGGAUGAGAAAGCACUUUAAAUAAAUAGAAAGAAUGCCCAAGGAGUCCUGCCAAGUUCUGCUCCCUCCCUUGAACUUCCUUGAGACCUGGUAACUUUAUAAAGCAGUAACAGGAGGUGGGGCUUCAAUAGGAAUCCUUGCUGACAUGGGGGUUGGUGGGACCUGUGCCUUUCUUUGAUCACUGUGUUCCUAGAGUGUGAGCAGGUUCCUUAGUAGAGGAAUGGAAUCCUUCACUGUCCCAGCCACCCCAGGAGAAGAGCCAUUCAUGGAGGUGCAGUGCUUUCUAGCAGAUUAUGUUUCUGAACUGGGCCAGUCUUCAGCAGCUGGGUGUGGUCCAGCCCACUUCUUUGACUCUCUGGAACUGGUGGGGAGGUUUAGUGACCAGGCCAAUGACUUUUGCUGGAGUGACAAUGUGGAUCGCUGCAUCUCCUAUCUUAACAAGGAACUGGUGGAACUGGGGCUGCCUUCCCUGUAUAAGGAUAGUGGCUCUGGCGAUGAUGCUGAGCAUGGUGUUGAUUUGCUGGCAUUGACAAAUGGUACCUGCAGGCUGCUGAAUCUCUACCAAGGAAUGUCUGCCAAGCUGGGUGACAUGGAGGCAGAGGAGAUGCGGCGAGCUGGGGAACUGGACUAUCUGAGGACACGGCAGGGUAAACUUAAGGAUCAAGUGGAAGCUUGUGAAAGGGAAAUUGCAGUUGUGCAGAGCAAAGAAAAAGAACUGCAAAGCAAGAACAAGCAGCUGAAUAACACACUGAAGGAAGAGAAAGAUGAGAUCACCAGGCUCUUGAGUGCCCUGUCAAGCCAGAAAUCUCAGCACCUUCAUGAACUAAAGAGGAAGGAGCAAGAGCUGAUGCGACUCAAGGAAAAGAUGAGCCAGCUGUUGAACGACAAGAAGGACAAGAGAGGAACAAUCGGCUACCUUAACCCCCUGCCCCGGGCUGAUUGCAAGAGGGCAACCGGGAAAACUGGAAAAUCUCUUGGCAAGAGGGAGGAAGAGCUCUACCGCACCCAGCUGGCCAAGCAGGAUCAGCGAGAGCAGGGCCUAGUGCAAGAGAACACCAAACUGAAGCAGCUGAUGAACCAAGUGAGCCAAGAUGUGCAGCAGCUGCUGGGCAUGGAUGUUGGCAUUGCCCAGGGCAUGGAGCAAAGCUCUCCCUAUGAGGUCUUCCAGAAGCAGUGGUGUAGCCUCAGGAAUAGCAUGAAGACCAUUGGUGGACAAGCUGUAGAUUUUUCUAGAUCUGGAAUGCUUGGAGGGGACGGGCAAGACCCUGUCAUCAGUGUGACGGAUCAUGAGAAGGAAAUUGUGAAGCUGAAGGAGGAGAUUGAGGAGAGCAGAGUGCUGAUUGCCCUGCAGCAGCAGUGUUUCCAGGAGCAGCUGUCCGCUGUCACCAGUUCAGAGCUACCAGCUCACCUGAAGGGCUCCUACUUCCUGGAGGAGGAGCAGCAGCUGCAAGAAGAGCAAGAGAUGUUCAAGGAGCAGAAGCGGGCCUUUGAAGCAGAACGGAAAAACUUCACGGAGGCUGCCAUCCGCCUGGGACGGGAGAGGAAGCAGUUUGAAGAAGAGAAGGCCCUCUUCCUGAAGCAAGAAUUCUUGUGUUCAUUGCCAAAGCUGGAAAUUGGGGACCCCAAGCGGAGGCUUUCUGUCCCAGUUGCUAUGAGAGCCACAGAACGUGAGCACCAGUCCAAGCUGAGGUGGACCAAGCCCAACUGUACCCCUUACCCAAAGGUCAUCAUUACUCCAUGCCACACCCCAGUGGGGUUCUUCAAAAGACCACAGCCUGCCUUCAUUCCCAGCAGCCCUGCAAUAUUGUGCAGGCAGCAGAUGCUCCUCUCAGACAGCUGGCCUGCUUCUCCCCCACAACUCCGCCAGAGUAAGGAGAGUCGCCAAGAUACAGCUUGCCAGACAGAAAUGCCUGCAAAGGAUUACCUUCAGGGUAACCUCUGGGAUCACUUGCUGGACAGCUCCUUCUAAGGAUGGCAAAGUAUCCUCUCCACCAUGCUACUGUUAACAUAUGCUUAAUUCUGUUUUUCUGUCAGUUGUAGGAAGAUGGCAUGUUAGUGCAGAACUCCUGGGUGUCAACAUGUUGUGAGACACAUCUUUCCCUUUGUUUGAGAGGUUUCUUAAGAGUUCCUGCCUUUUUAUAAUAAAGAGAAUUUUUUGAAAGAA